AUGAACAACAACAAGGUGAUUGAUGCCCUUAGGCGUCCAUCGAGAGAACGAACGGACGAGGUAGGUCGCUUUGCCCUUUUUCUCUUUGAUUUUUAGGUCACAUCGGACUGAUCGAUGAUGUUUUUCUUAUAUUAUUCGUCAAGCUGGCCUAGAAUAAUAUAACUGAUUUCCAGGACAUCAAGUUGAUAUUCUUAUACCUCCGACAGCUCGAUGUGUUCCGCAUCCUCGCCGAUGGGCCGUUGAAAUCGAUUGCGGAGACGGCGAGGCACGAACGACAUCCCAAGGAUCAUAUUUUGUUCAGGUAUCAUGGAUAAUAUAAUUUUUUUUUGUUGAAAUGACUUUAUUUUGGCAGGAUUAAAAUUUAAUGAAGCUAGAGACGUUUGAAGGCUAAUUUUCGUAUUUUAGGAAGGGCCAGUCAGCAACGUGUUGGUACAUUUUGAUCAGCGGAUCAGUCCUCAUGAAUAAUCAAAUUUAUCUUCCCAGUGGAUGGUAGGUGUUGUUUUUAUUUGCGUUUUUUGAUUUUUAGGGCAAUCAGAUUCCAUAGAAUGUGUCUGGGCUAUAAUGAAUACAUUUGACGCUGGGUUUUUAUCAUUUUUUAUACGAUUUUCAUAAAUAUCGUCAAUUUUUGGACGAUAACUUACAUUUUUCACAAAUUUACUCAAAAAAAUAUCGAAAUAUCCUCGGAGUUUAUCACUAAGCUGUAAAAAACAAAUUCACAGUCCAGAUGGGGUGUAUUUUCACCAUCAUUUACUUAUUUUCCCAAAAGAAAAUUGAGUUUUUAUUCGAACGGGGAAGUUUUUUUGUACGCAAAUGCAAAUUGUCUCAAAAAUCUGACAACAACUCGAUGUAAAGGCGCAAUAAAUAUUCAUAGAGUCGUAUUUUUGCAAGAGGAAAUGAAAUUUUUUCCUGUUUUGCGUCAGAAGUCUCAAAAAUUUGAUCAUUGCUGUCAUGGAUAAUAUAUGAAACAUCAAAAAUUUUGCUUUUUGUUUGGAAAAAGAGGAGUAAUGGGUUUAUUAAGGGCUAAUGUGAGCAAUCUGAGGUAUUUAGGGGGUUUAAAAUUUUGAAAAUUCAAAUUCCCGCCGUUUUUUUAUUUUUUUUAUAAUAGCCGAUAUUGAUGAAGCCAGUUUUUACAAUGCGAGCACAGAUCUUAGAGGCUUCUAGGAAGCCCCGUUUGACACUUUACGAUUGAUUUCAAAUCAUUUUGGCAACAAAAUUUAUCUUAUACAUGACAACUUUGAUUUGAUCUAAAACAAUAUUUUUUACCCUAAAAUUAGACCGGACUCAAUGUUCCUGGAAAAGUCCCGACCCAAUUUGUUGUAUGUAACAUGUUUUUUUGCAUUCAAACAUCCUGUUUUGUCUAUUUUCACAUCAUUGUUGGUCUAUUUUUGGGCCGAAAAAUAGAUGGAACUUUAUCUCGUUUAUCUCGAGAAACCCCUUGUAAAGAAGACGGGCGUGUCUUAUUGUGCCAUUUCAACUGUCAUUUUUUGAAAUUUGAGCGUUUUUUUGCGAAUUUCAAAUUUUUUGAGGCGUUCGAAUUUUUUUAUUUUUGAAGUUUUUUUGGUUAAUCUUUGAACCGCCUGAGGGCAUAGGCUUCAAAUUUGGGUUCUAAAAUAAUUUACAGUAGAUUAGGAAGCAGUAAUUUGAAUUGUGAGAAUUUUUUUAUUUUCUGUAAAUGAGAUUUUUAAAAAUAUUUUUUGCUGUUCUACAGUAAUAUAAAAUCAGCCUCUGUAGUUCUCACGGCUCUCAAAAACAAAUUCAAACUCCGUAACGAUGUGGAGGAAAUCCCGUUCUGGAUCAGAUUUUUUUGGGAAGGAAAUGGGGCACCCACUGGUUCUUAAUUGAAUCUUCUUUAUUCAAAAAAAAGGAAACCAGAUCAAAACUGAUCGAAUUGCGCAUUGUAUACAUGAAAAAUAAAAAAAAUAUAUUGAGCUUUUUAAAUAUUGGAUUGAAAUGGGGGAUUUCUUAUUUACCAGUUAUGGCAGUUUUUUGAUCGAAAAUAUGGUCAUGGAUAAUAUAAUUUUUAUUUUCAAGUCUCUCUGACUUUGUCCAUAAGUCAACCCAUGAUUUUUUUUAUUUUCUGGAAUAAACUAUUGAGUUCCACACUUUGAAAAAGUGCGAAUUUUCUUCUCCAAAAGCUUUGUGGGGCGAUUUUUGCAUGAAAAUUUGGAAAAAAUAAUGGAAAAAAGAAUGAAAAGUGAAUUUGAAAAAAAACUUGUUAGAAAUAAUACAAGAUUGUCCAUAAAUCAACCCAUGAUUUUUAAAAAAUCUCUGGGAUAAACCACUGAGUUCCACACUUUGAAAAAAUGCGAAUUUUCGUCCCCAAAAAUAUUUUUUUUCUGAAUUUUCGUCAUUUUCCAACCCAAAAAUCUAAUUGGUUUUGGCUAAGAGGGGCCUAAAAAUCUCAAAUAUUUCUUCAACAAUCCCAAUUUUAAUUUGUCUCAAGUUUUUUCAAAGUUUUAGCUAUCUUUUGAGAUUGCACUGUGCAAAAAAAUUUUUGUUUCUGAUUGCACCGUGCAACUAUCAGGCUGUCGGGAAAAUAGUGGCGGGUCGUCGCAGCAAAAUGUUUCUCGUCGAAGCGAUGAUCGACGACUCCAAUGUGCGACGACCCGCCACUAUUUUCCGGACAGAAUUGAUAGUUGCACGGUGCAAUUAGAAACAAAAAUUUUUGCACUGGGCAAUCUCAAAAGAUGGCUCAAAUUUUGAUAAAAUGUGAGACAAAUUAAAAUUGGGAUUUUUGAAGAAAUAUGGGAGAUUUUUAGGCCCCUCUUAGCCAAGGCCAAUUUGAUUUUUAGGUUGGAAAAUGACGAAAAUUAAAAAAAAAAAAUUUUGGAGACGGAAAUUGGCAUUUUUUUCAAAGUGUGAGACUCAGUGGUUUAUCCCAUAAAAUAAAAUAAAAAUCAUGAGUUGAUUUAUGGAAAAUUCUUGUGUUAUUUCUAACUUAUUUUUUUCAAAUUCACUUUUUAUUCUUUUUUCCAUUGUCUUUCCAAAUUUUCAUGCAAAAAUCGCCCCACAAAGCUCUCGCAAUUUCCCUCUCUUACCCAGAUUUUACCGACCGUCACCAGAAUAAAUCAUUUCUUCCAUCUGCCUUAGCACCCCCAUUAACUUUUACCCUUCCAUUCCUCCUCAUUCAGAGCGCCUCAUUAAAGCGAAAGGACACUGAAAGAAUUCUCGGCUUUUACCGGAAGAAUUCUCGUUCCAAACAAGUGAAAUUUGACUGGAUUUCCACCACCUUUUACUACUUUUUAAUAGCUGUUAUUUAGAGGAAAGCAGCAAAAGGUCAAAACUCGAUGAUUAGUUAAUUUUACGAAAAAGUAAAUGGGUUUUUCUCGUAGAAAGUUGUGGGUGAAGGUAUAUUAAUUUUUUGCUAGUAUUUCCCUUUUUUUUGGGGAUUUUUGCAAGAAAUUUUGGGAAAUUUCCCAUGGAUAACAUAAAAUUAUUAUACUGAAAUAAACUCCUAAUUUUGAAGAUUUACAAUUGAUCUCUUACCGUGAAUCUUACAACAGUACUGAAAAUUCAAAAUUCCCGAACGGAAUAAGCGAAAUCUUCCUUCUUCCCCAAUAUUAUGCUCUACUAAUGUGCGAAAGUUCAAAUGCGUGACAGCAUUUGUACUCCCACCGGAUAUUCCUCGAAAUAAUUAAUAUGCCUGGCAAUAAGACCGAAUAAAAGUUUCAAAUUUUAAUCUUCUUAAUGGGUAUGUCUGUAGACAUUAGCCAACGCAUUGAAAAGAAUAUUUUCGGAAGUAUUUUGGCAUUUUGACUUUGAAAACAUGUUUUCUAAGUGCAUUACCCCGCAUAUUACAAAUUUGACCAUAUUGUUUGGUCGAUUUUUUGGAGGGAUAUCCGAAGUUGGACCAGAUUGAUACACCCAUCAGGUCCCGCCAUCUUGCUCGCCUCCAUAAAUUCGCGUAUUAUAAUUCCAAAGCCGUCUUCUUUAUUUUUUUCACCAUCUGGCGUUAGAAAUCCCAGCGAAGAGCCCAGCCUCUCCUUGGCGCUUCAUUCGCCCUCUUUAUUCAUACCUUGGACCUGCUUUUUCUGUUCUUUUAUUAUUCGUUAUUUGAAUAGGAAGCGGCGAGGAAAUGACUCAUUUCUGCUGAUACGAUUCCAAAACAAGCCAGAGAAUUAGCGGUAUUUUCUUCUCGGAAAAGUUUUAUGAUUCAGGACGUCCGCGAGGAUUUGCGGCCUUUAUCAUGUUGUUUUUGUAGUUGUACGUGCAAAGGACACUGAAAAUUGCAAAAAAUGAUAUCAGAAAUUGAAGGUUUUUACUGUGCAAUAUGUUGUCCAUGUUUUGAAGGAGGAGAUUUGUGAGUCAGCUCAGAAGUUUCCUCCAAGAAAUAGGGCAACAUAUUAUACAUUAAAAGCCUUUAAUUUCUAAUAUUAUUUUUUCAAUUUUUGAUCUCCUUUCCACGUACAACUACAAAAACAACAUGUUAAAAGCCGAAAAUCCUCUUGUACGUCCUGAGUCAUAAAACUUUUGCGAGAAGAGAACACUGCUAAUUAGUGGUUCAAGAGACCAUUUUGUACAACGGACGUCGUAGGAAAAGGCAAUCCAAACCCCACUGUUUUCACCGUAUUCCAAAAGCUUUGAGAUGAUAAAAAACCCGGAAAAUUCGAGAUUGCAUGCCCAUAUGACCUUGUUACACAUCGUUUUUCGCAUAAUCGUUGACCGCUAAUUAUAUUUCGUGUGCGGUUAAUCCUUAUCCAAUAAAAAAGAGAGGAAAUGCCAUAAAUUUUUCGCAAAUUAUUCUUGCAAACGGCUUAAAAAUAACACGGAUAUCAUAUAGCCAAGGCUGAGGGUAUUUUUGGAUUUUCUGGGUUUUUUUUGUUUUCAGUAUGGCGUAUGUGGGGAGGAAGGUUAUUGCUGGCCUAGAAAUUUGGCUGGACACCGCUGAAAUCGUUUGUUGCAGAUAGUUCUUGUUGCAAUAAGUUUUUUGCAACAAGAAUUGUUUGUAUCAACGAAUUUUGUGGUUUCGAAUGGAAUUUUUAAGACCGUAAUAGACCCAGAAACAAGUUUUUAGGACCAAAAUCUAUUUUCCUUAGGCGAUAAAUCCAAAAACGGAAGUUCCAUCCGUAAUUAGUAACGGUUUUCAUCUUCCCCCCAUCCGCUUGAUUGUUUGAUGUGUUUACAACUGUUUAAAAGAGCCAUAAAAAUACUGUUUUCUGUAACGAAACCAGUUUGUUGUUCGUUUCGCCUCAACACCCACAAAACAUCCCACCGCAAAAGUUUUGGGUUGAUCCCACAUUGUUUUAUAUAAAGUUUCGCCCAUCUCGGAAACUUAAUUGUUUUCGGGAAGUUUAUGGCUGGGAAUGCGGGUGGUAAAGCCAUCCGUCAUGCUAAACAUGUGCGAUGUUAUUGCCGUAAAAGAUGGCAAAGUUAUGUAAAGUAGUGUCGUUUGAGAGAUACGGACGUCGAACCUCAAAGACCAUAUUGUUCAGCCAUCUUUUUAUGUGUCGCGAUAUCUUUUCAAAUAAAGUCUGAGCUUAUUAAAGAGAUAAUUUUUAUCUCUUUUUAACCUCUUUGCCGGCUGGGAUUAGUCUCCACGCGGCUCAUAUGGCCAAAAACAAACGCCUCUUUGGUGCAAAUAAAUACGUCUAUGCAUCCUCCUAUGCCCGAAAAUGGUGCUGAACAGAAUUUCGGUCAUAGAAUGAUGCAUAAGGAUUCGUUUUAUUGCAUCAGAGAGGCGGUGGGAUUUGUUUUUGGCUAUAUGGGCUUGACUGAGACUAAUGCCAGACGGUAAAGAGGUUAAAAAGAGAUAAAAAUUAUCUCUUUAAUAAGCGCAGACUUGAUUUGAAACAAUAUCGCGACGCAUAAAAAGAUAGCUGAACAAUUUGGUUUAUCGAGGCUCGACGUCUGUAUCUCUCAAUAGACAUUACUUUACGCAACUUUACCAUCUUUUCCGACAAUAAUAUCGCCUGUUUGGCUACUUUUAGAACAAGGAAGUACUUGGUCUAAAAGUAUGACUGCAAUUUUUUCUUUUUUUUUCCUAUUCCCCAGCCGCUACCCUAUUUUUCAAUAUUUUUUGGAGAAAAAGAGAUAAAGAUCAACAGGUCGAGGGAUUCCGUGGGAGGUAAACCGAAGAUUCUCUCUUUUGAGUUGGAGGUUUUGGAAAAGUAAAUUCUUGAAGAUUUGAGAGAGACGUUUUAUGGGCUUUCUGGGAUUGAAAGUAACUGGAAUUUAGAUGUUUUUUGAAUUUGAAAUUUCUUUCAAUUUGAGAUUUGUUGGUCUAAACUAUACAACGAACCCAUUCCCCACCCAUUUUUUACACUUUCAUACCCAUAAAUCUGACUUUCUCAGGCCUCAAAAUCCGCGAAAUUGUAACAUAAUCUCCCACGAAAAUUAGCCGCAUUUUCUCCGUCCCCUCUCUUUUUUCUCCAAAAGAUGAAUGGACAUAAAUGAGUAACGGCCACACUCCGAAAAAGGAUCCCUACGAAGCUUGGGGCCGAAAAAUGGCCACAACUUUUUCUCGCAAAGAGAUAAGCCGUUUUUUCGAGCGGCGGUCAUUGUUUCUUCGUCUUUUGACGUCGGAAGUAAUGUAAACCGUACGGUUUUGCUUUUCAGAGGUUUUCAAAAUGGGGAAAUCAGUAUCUCGAUGAAUGUUUUUUUUGUUUUUUUGGGAAAGGAUGGCUUUACGAUUUGAUAAAAGGAAAAUUUGUUUUUGGGCUGUAAUUUUUGGGUUCAGAUUUUAAUGAAUGUAAAGUUUGAGUAGAAUUUUUUACGAGCUACGGGGUAUUUUUUGCCUGGGAUUUCCAAAAAUUGUCGAGUUUUGAUCGAAAACUUCGAAAAAAACUUCAUUGUUUCGAAAUUUUUUUGAAAUUUUUGGGACGAAAAUCUGUUGUGUAGAGUAAAAAACGAUGCGAAACAUUUAUUUUCCCAAAAAUGUAUCGCAACUCCCUUUUUAGGGCAUAAAAUAUUCAAAUCCCUCAAAAAUACCUCUAAAUAUUCUAUCUUUCCCCCCAUAAUCCUAUGAAAUUUUUCUAAAAAAGUGCUAUUUCACAAUUUCCGGAGAAAAUGUUUGAGCUUAUGUUAGUUUUUACACUAUAAAAUUCCUCAUUUCCAACUUUUUAUACUAUAAAAUCGCCUAUUUGAUCGAUUAUCUCCCCACUUUUCGCAGUUUAUCAACUUAUUCUACUAUAAAUUUCCUCCCCAUAACUUCCGACUCUUGAUUUAUUUAGCAGCCUCCACGAGCAUUUGCGCCGUUUGGAACGCCUUAAUGAAGUCCGAGCGCUUAUCCCAAAUUCGGUGGGAUUAAAGAGAGCGCGACGAGCUUUCCGCCGCCUCGAAUUAGGAACUUUGUGCGUUCUUUUGCAUAAAUUUUUCUUGGGUUUAUAGGGCUUUUAAAGCUGGUGGAGCCAGAUUUGGAAUUUUAAAGGGCUUUUUUGCAAUUUUGGCUGAUAUUUUCAAAAAAAAUUGUAUUGUACAGUGGCGGACCUGAUCCAGUGGCAAAAACGUACCAUUUUGCAUCCGUGAAGCAUCAAAAAAUGUAGCAAAAUACCUCCCUCUCCAAGUGAAAAAACUCCGAUUUCAAAAGCCCACUCUUGUGCGGGCCUUUCAAAACGGAGGUUUUUAGUUGGACAGGGAGGCAUUUUGCCACAUUUUUUGGUACUUCCUGGUUGCAAAAUGGUACAUUUUUUGACACGAGGUCAGGUCCGUCACAGUAGUAGAGUUCAAAAUUGAAAUUUUUUUUCUGAGUUGUGAUUUUCAAUAUAAUUUUUAUCCGUUUUUAUCUUUAAUGGUCUUUUUUGAUAUUGUAAUUGGGAAAGACUUUUAAAUAUUAAGAUAUGUGAAUUGAUUUUUCGGUAGUUUUCAAAAAUUUAAUUUUUUUUUUGAUAAAUUUGAUCGUUUUUUUCAGUUUUGGCAAGCGCAGUGGAAUGAAUCUCCGCCGAAGCAGUGACUGUUUGGUCAUCCAACAAUCGGAUAUGAUUGUGGUAAGAAAAAUUUUAAAAAAUAAAAAAAAUUUUUUAUUUUAUUUUUUUUAAAUGCCUCUGGCGGCCUUUGUAAUGGUUUGACGUUGUUUAAAAUUAUCCUAUUUGCCCUGGGAUUUUAAUUUUUCACUUGAAAAACAAACUUUUUGACAUUUUUUUUUCAAAUUUUUCACCUAAAAUAAUAUAAAUCAAAAUGUUAAUCCCAGCCCUAUUUUCCACUUGUAUUCCGCGCCCCUCGCCCUUGCGCACCAUCCCCUUUCGAUUUAGCGCCGCAGUAAAUAAACAGUUUUGUUUAAAAAAGUUUAUAAAUUGGGAGUUUAAUCCCCCCAAUAAAUCGCCCUUGCCUUUCGAAAAAACGCUUCCUUUCAUUGUCCCCUUUCUCUUUGCUGGCCAUAAUUUUUACGCGAAAUUAAUGGCGGGUUAAUGUGUGUGGGAAAGCGGCGCUUUACAACGUCGAUUUCGACUGAUUUUGGGCCACAAACCGACUUUUUUAUCGGGUUUUGGGCCAAAAAUUGGUUUUUUGCUGAUUUCAAAGAUUUUUUUUGAUUUUUGACCAAAUACAAGGCCAGAAAGGCUUUGAAAAGCGCCUAGAAUGGCCAAAAGAUGGGGGUUUCGGCGAAAAUGCGGCUGGUUUUUUUGUAUUUUUAGCCUUUGUUUGGCAAGGAGAAGGUCAAAAUGCUGAUUUUUUUGAAGAUUUUUGAGUUGUAGAUGGUCGGAGAGUCCUUAAAAUUACAGAUUAGGGCCGUAUUUUAAUAAUGGGUGAUUUGAAAAUACUCGAAAUAAGUUUGUGAGGCCUUUCUCGUCAUGGAUAAUAUAAUAAGAGGUUGAAAUGUACGAACUUUAGACUUUUUCGUUCUGAAUAAGGUUUGAAAUAAAAAAAACAAGUCAUGUUUUGACGACUGACCAUGCAGAGGUUUGCUGAGAUAGCUAUUUAAAGCCUAAAAUUAUCGAAAAAUUCGAUUUUCUACCUAAAAUUUAAUUUUUUUCAAAGUUUUUGGCCCUUUUUUGUAUUACAGUGGCGGACCUGAUCCAGUGGCAAAAAACCUAUCAUUUUGCAUCCAGGAAGUAUCAAAAAAGUAGCAAAAUACCUCCCUUUCCAAGUGAAAGAACUCCGAUUUCAAAAACCCACCCGCGAUUUUUUUGAGGGGCCCUUUGGAAUUUUUUACUUGGAGAGGGAGGCAUUUUGCUACAUUUUUUGAUACUUCCCGGAACCAAAAUGGUACGUUUUUUGCCACUGGAUCAGGUCCAUCACUGUAAUACAAAAAAGCGCCAAAAACUUUGAAAAAAGUUAAAUUUUAGGUAGAAAAUCGAAUUUUUCGGUAAUUUUAGGUUUUAAAAAGCUAUCUCACCAAACCUCUUCGUGGUCAGUCGCCAAAAUAUGACUUGUUUUUUCUAUUUCAAACCUUAUUCAGAACUAAAAAAUCAAAAUUUCGGAUAUUUCGACCACUUAUUAUAUUACCCAUGACGAGAAAGGUCUUACAAACUUAUUAGUAUUUUCAAAUCACCCAUUAUUAACCCGUCACUGUAAUCUUGUUUCAAUUUCAGAUCGACUACCCCGACGUGCAGCGGAUCCCGGUCCGCUACGGAAACGGCUCCGCGACUCUUGGCCGACCCCGCCCCGCCAACCACGCCCCACCGCCGGCCCCAUCAAUCCCUCCUCCGCUCCCACACCGAACCCAACCCUAUCAUUUCCCGCAGCCGGCCUUCAAGACGAAUGGCGCCGGCUAUCCCCUGAGGCAUAACGGCGAUCUGGCCUACGAAUUUCAUCAGCAAUUCGCCGCACAAACCUCCCACCAUCAGAAUCAGCAUCAGCACCAAAAUCAGCAUCAGCUGCAAAAUCAGCAUCAGCUCCAAAAUCAGCAUCAGCUUCAAAAUCAGCAUCAGCUCCAAAAUCAGCAUCCACAUCAUCAGUAUCAGCCCCAGACCAGCAUCCCAGUCCAUCGAAGCUACAAUCCCAGCCCCACGCGCCCAUUCCAAACCUUUGUGGGCGUCGUGGCGGCCGAAAACCCGCCCGAAGACUACGCCGACGCCACCCUUACGAAUUAUCAUCAACGAAACAGCCUCGGACAGCCGACCUACACCCAGAAAAGGGUACCCUCGCCUGCGCCGCGCUCCGCUUCGAUCUCGGUUUGUGGCCCAGCCAAGGAAACGUCCUACACGUACCACGAAAACUUUCAACGGCCGGCUCAGGUGAGGAUUUUCGGAAAAUUGGCGAUUUUUUGGGGAGAAAAUGGAGGCUAUAAUGGAUAGUUUGAUAGUUUGGGGAAAGGGAAACUUUUUAUAAAUAUUAACCAUAAUUUUUUUCUUCAUUUUUAAAAAAAAAUCUCUGUAGCACGGGUAUAAACUAUGUUCACUGUAGAAAAAUGACAGUGAAUGUUUUGGUUAUAUUUUUGCGCAAAUUUCAACAUGAAAAGGAUCAAUCUCCUCCUUGAAUUGCUCACUUUGAGACCCUUAUUUACUCAACAAUCCGUUCUUAACUCGGGUUUUGACUUUUUACCAAAGCGUUUAUUUGUUUUUGGCUGUGCACUGUGCGAGAGAAAAGAGCUUUGACUUUGCACGGUGCAGAAAUUUUUUUGGGAAUUUUGCACAGUGCAGAAUUUUUUUGGGAAUUUUGCACAGUGCAAUAAAAUUUUUGGGGUUUUGCACUGUGCAAUAAAAAUUUUUGGGAAUUUGCACAGUGCAGAAUUUUUUUGGGAAUUUUGCACAGUGCGAUAAAAAAAAUUUGGGAGUUUUGCACAGUGCGAUCAAAAAAAUUUUUGGAAUUUUGCACAGUGCGAUAAAAAGUUUUGGGAAUUUUGCACAGUGCGAUAAAAGAUUUUGGGAAUUUGCACAGUGCGAUAACAAUUUUGGGCAAUUUUGCACAGUGCAGUAAAACUUUUUGGGAAUUUGCACAGUGCGAUAAAAAAAUUUGGGAGUUUUGCACAGUGCGAUAAAAAAAAAUUUUUGGGAAUUUUGCACGGUGCAGAAAUCUUUUUUGGGAAUUUUGCACAGUGCGAUAAAAAAAAUUUGGGAAUUUUGCACAGAGCAAUAAAAAAAAAUUUGGGAAUUUUGCACGGUGCAGAAAUCUUUUUUGGGAAUUUUGCACAGUGCGAUAAAAAAAAAUUUGGGAAUUUUGCACAGUGCGAUAAAAAAAUUUUGGGAAUUUUGCACAGUGCGUGAGAAAAGCGUUUUUGACUUUGCACGGUGCAAUAAAACUUUUUGGGAAUUUUGCACAGUGCAGUAAAACUUUUUUGAAAUUUUGCACUGUGCAAUAAAAAACUUUGGGAAUUGCACAGUGCAGAAAUUUUUUUGGGAACUUGCGGUAGAUUUUUUGAAAUUUUGCACGGUGCUUUCGAAGUUUUGCGAUAUUACAAAUUGCAUUUUUUCUGCACAGUGCAAUCACUUUUCACAUUUUUAUUGCACGGUGCGACCAAAAAUUUUGCUAAAUCUCUCGCUAAAACCCCAUAUUUACAAACCUCAUGUCAAGAAUGACUUCUUGAACACCUCCCCUUGACGUAUUUACCAUUUCCGAUCUCCAUUUUUCGAAAUUUCUCUCGUUUCUUUUGUUUUUUUUCUUCUUGCUCCGCAGAACGACUUCAUCAUAUCCGAACGGGUCAAUUUGCGGUUUCCAUCCUCUGCUGAUGGGCUUUCGCUUUCAUUGAGGUUCCAAUGGGAUUUUCUGAGAAUUCGUAGCUGCAUUUUGUUGUUGUUCGGCUGGAAAUCAGAUCAAUUUUGAAAGAUUUUUUUUUUCAUUUUUUGGAAAAAAUGAAAAAGUUGAUGGGAAAACGAUAAAUUGAUAAACUUGAAGGCGACUUCCGGUCGCAGCGAUUCAUAAAGGCCUUGAAAAACACCGGAAAAUAUCAGAUUUAUCAAAAAGUUUGGGGAGUUUUGAAAAAUUUUUGGUUGACCUUAUUUUAGCAGAUUUGCGGAAUUUUUUCGCAAAUUUGAUCGAUUUUCUUGUGAAUUUGUGGAUUUUAAGGGUAAUGGAUGAUAAUACUAUCUUUGGGAAGAGAUAAUUUGAGCUAAAAGUAAGCAAAAUGUCAUGAAUAAUAUCAUAAAUUUUCAAAUUUUGGGGGAUUUUUGCUUCUAUAUAGCUUAAAAAUACUAAAAUAAGCCCUUAUAUAGAGAAAGUUUGCUGCGAAAAGUGAUUUUCAUAAAUCUCUGACAUUGAUUUAGACAUUUUUUUUCACCUGUUUCUGCCUAAAAAUCUCCUCCAUGACCGCUGUUUUUACCCGUUUUAUCGCCCCAAAAACAGUACACUCCAUGACGGCACCGCGAAGCGCGUUAUUAUAACACUGCGAACAAUGUAAUUAUCCUCCGUCAUGUUUAUUGCCCUUUGGGUAUUUAUUCGCUUUUGCAGCUUUUCGAUUCCUCACCAUUUUUUGGCGCAAAUCGCGCGCGGCUUUGUCAAAAAGAAUCACUGAAGUCGCCCUCAUCGAAAAGCCCUCCAGGGGCGAGGAAUCGGAGAGGUCUCGAUUUGAUUCGAGGCUAGCUGAAGCUGAGGGGAUUUGACUAACUUUUAGGGGGGAUUGGGGAAGGAUGAGGUCGUUUUAACGCCUUAAAAUUGGUUUAGCGGGGGUAAAAUACGUAUUUUUUGUCUCUUCAAUUAAUGAGACGUCAAUAAACCCCAAAGAAAGCUCUUGAAAUAAAGGAAAUUGAUCUAUUUUACCAUGAAUAAUACAAUGGCGGACCAGAUCCCUCUCUUCCACGGGGGAAAGACCGGAGGAAUCUAGAGCUUACAAGAGUGGCCUUGACUAAAUUAAUACAAAUCCGGGGUGAAUAAAAACCAUUAAUUCCUGAGGCUGUAUUUGCUUUGAAUCGCAAGUUUUGCCAUUUUUAAAGAUACGUUUAUACAGUGAGGGACCUGAUCCAGUGGCCAAAAACGUACCAUUUUGCAUCCGGGAAGUAUCAAAAAUGCAGCAAAAUACCUCCCUCUCCAAGUGAAAAAACUCCGAUUUCAAACGCGCGCCCCCUCUUUUUGUGAGGGAGCCCUUCAAAACGGAGUUUUUUUUAGUUGGAGAGGGAGGCAUUUUGCCACAUUUUUGAUACUUCCCGGAUGCAAAAUGAUGCGUUUUUUGCCACGGAUCAGGUCCCUCACUGUAUAAAAUGGCGAAACUUGCGAUUCAAAGCAAAUACAGCCUCCGGAAUUAAUGGUUUUUAUCCACCCCGGAUUUGUAAUUUAGUCAAGGCCACUCUUGUAAGCUCUUGAUUCCCCCGAUCUCGUGGAAGAGAUUUUCGGCGUGUUUUGAUUCCAAUAAAAAGUCGCAAAAUCGCCGCCGCUUCUUCAAUCAUCCUUCUUGCUCUUCUCUCCCCGCGUUUCUUGAUUGAUUUUUUUGUAAUUUUUCUUCGUCCGGAUUUAUGAGCUAGCGAUGCUGCAAUUUGAGCAAAAUUUGGAGUGGAAAAUAUUAUUUUUUGUUUCAUUAUUAUCAUAUUGAUUGAAUUUUUUUUUGAUUUUUGAAGUUCAAUUUGGGAACAAAUGGUGUGGAAUUGGAUGAAAGUUGGGAGAAAUUUUGAUUAGACAUGUAUUUAGGUUUUUGGGGAUGAAUUUGAAUAUAAAAUACAACAAAAAUGGGCUGACCCAAGGCCCAAUAUGUUUGCGGAUUUCUGAUUUCUCAUCAUUAAAAAUAUUGUACUCCGCGAAUGGAAAUCUCAUUUUUCCCCCGGUUUCUUUCGGAAGUCCCCCCAGUUUUCCGUUGUUGACCUUCGCGUUAAACGUCUGAAUUUUCUUCAUUUCGAUCUUGUUCAUAAUUUUUUUUUGUCGAAUCUGGAGGAAACGUUAGGAAAGACAAGGUCUUGUGUCUUGUGCAGAUCUGACUGGGGAUUUUUGGAGGUCUGGAGGGGGGGGGGAAAUGGAAAGUUUAGAGAUUUUUGGACAGUGCCAGAAAUUUUGGAUUUUUUGGACAGUUCGAAGACAUUUGUUGCGAAAUUACAGUGAGGGACCGGAUCCAAUGGCAAAAAACGUCCCAUUUUGCAUCGCGGAAAGGACCAAAAUGUCUCCAAACCCUUCCCUUCUCUAAGCUAAAAAACCCGCUUUGAAGAGCCCGCCUUGAAGGAAAGGGCGCGCUUUUCAAAGCGGAGUUUUUUAGCUUGAGAAGGGAAAGGUUUGGAGUCAUUUUGGUCUCUUCCGGGAUGCAAAAUGAGACGUUUUUUGUCAUUGGAUCAGGUCCCUCAUUGUAACAUUAUAAUUUUGACUUUUUUGCUUACAACUUGUAGAAAUCACCGAGAUUUUUAGGGCAAGCUUUCCGAUAAAAAGCAAUUUUUUUGGAAUUUUUGCCCUAAAAAUCUCGUUUGUUUCUGUCAAUGGUGGACUAAAAAUAUUAUUGUGCCAAGUCCAGCGAAAAAUUCAGCAAUUGAUUAGUAGUUUUUAAAGGUACGAACCAAAAAAUGCUAAUGAAUGUUCGAAAAAUUCUCAUUAAUUUCGCAGCGAACUUGCGGCCUUUUUCCCCCACCUAAUCCGCUCGACAAAAUAAUUCGGUGCCCUCAGACGACCAAAGUACCACCGAAAACACGGUCUUCGAAUUCGAAAAGUGUUAUCCGGGAGCAGUCCAGGCACCAUUUCUGGAUUAGCGUUGGAAUUCGCAUUACCCUUUCCACUUGCGUUGUUUACCGCCCGGUUCCGUCGUCUGAUUGUUCGAAUCCCUCUCGGUUGAGUUGAUCCUUUCUUCUUCCCAUGUUCGAGUUUAUUCCACUAUUUUUCGUAAUUUUUUCGAUUAAUUUGGCGGGCUGUGAAAGCGAUCCCCGACACCGAACCGGAGAUGUCUGGAAUUUUUGGAGGAAUUUUUGCGAAAACUUUGGAGGAAUUUUAGUGCUAAAAAGUGGUAUUUCACAUAGUUUUGGUGGGAAAUUUAUUUUUGAAAUAGUUUUAGAUUAUCGGACAGGUGUUUUUGCACGUAUUUUACCUUUUUAUUCAGACAAAUCAUGUGCGAAAUUAAAAGCUUCGGUUUUUUGACAUUAUUUUUGCCGUUUUUGAUCGAAAAGUCAAAAUCCGUGAGUGAAAAUGGCCAAAAAAGACGUUUUUAGGGGCUUUUCUAACUGUUUAUUGUCUUUGUCUUCAACGAAAAGUCCAUUACAGUGACGGACCUGAUUCAGUGGCAAAAAACGUACCAUUUUGCGUCCGGGAAGUAUCAAAAAUGUGUCAAGAUGCCUCACUCUCCAAGUAAAAAACUCCGUUUUCAAAGGCGCGUUUUUGAAGUCGAAGUUUUUUCACUUGGAGAGGAGGUGUUUUGCUACAUUUUUUGAUACCUCCCGGAUGCAAAAUGGUACGUUUUUUGCCACUGGGUCAGGUCAGUCACUCUAAUGGACUUUUCGUUGAAGAGAAAGACAGUAAAAGGUUAGCAAAGCCCCUAAAAACGUGUUUUUUGCCGAUUUUGACUCAUCGAUUUUGAUUUUUCGACCGAAAACGACAAAAAAUUGUCAAAAAAUCAAAAAUUUUUAUUUCACACGGGAUUUUUCUGAAUAAAAAGGUAAAAUACGCCACUGUAAAAUCGAAGAUUUUGAGUUUUCAAUAUUAUUUUAUCUUAUUGUAGCUCCCUCUCCCCUCAAAACUCAUAAAAAUCCUUAAUGUUUACCCAAACCCCCAAUGUUAUCGGUCUCUGAUAGCAACUCGCAUGCCCCGCGAACAUUUCAGCGAUAUUCCGAGUACAAAACAAUCCGACUUGGUAAUUUUUUAUCGCCUUAUCUCCGGGUUGCCCAACACGCGUUGAACAGCGAAAAGCGAUCUUUUAUUGUGCGUGAAAGCGGUCCCCUCCAUCCGCCCGCUCUUCGUUUGCGUCUCCAGGAUAACAGUGGCGAUAUUUGGGGGUGAUCGGGGGGUAUGUCAUUUCCCCCGCCUCGGAAUGGGUUUGACUCCAGAAUUUUGUGGGAAUUCCGAUUUUUCCUUCGACUUUUGGGAUUUGUUAGGGCUGCAAAGGGAUUUUGGUUGUAAAAUACGUCGUCCUUUGUCGUAGCUAGUUAAUUUGAAGGCAUUUUAAGCGAGGAAAAUGAGAUUUUUACCUUGUUUUAGACAAGCAUCAUCUUUUUUUUGGACUAAUUUUGAUGAUUUUAAUUUGUUUUUUUUUGGUAUUUUCAUAGAAUGCACGUAAUGUCAUUUCCUUCUUUUAUACGCUUGGUGUUUGCCAGUUCUCAUUACUUUAAUCAACUUUUUCUCUCUUUUUUGUCAAGUGUAAUAUAAAAAGUCUCCCCCAAACCUCGCAAAAACACUUUUAGACCCCAAAAAUGGGUAUUUGUGGCACCGGAAGACGCGUGGUUGUUGUUUUUCCCCAUCUCCGGCUUGUUUGACAUCACAUUUCCCCAAAAUGUUUACUCAUUUUUGAUGUCUUGAAAUUUUUCAUGGUCGGAAUUUUGCUUUCAAUAAGUUUUUGAAAGCUAAUCCGACACGCCUUGGGGGUUGUUUCGCAUCCAAAACAGAUAAAAACCACAUGCGAUGCGGUCUUCCCGACCUUAUCUUAGCCAAUUCGAAGCGAUUUUUUGCCGAGUUUUGUGGUGUAUAGCAAAUAGAAGGUGAUAUUUGGACUUUAAAAUAACUUGGGACAGUAGUAGAUGCCUUUUUAGAACGUAAACAUACGUUUUUUGACAAAAAAAUUUACCUAAAGUAAUAUAAUUUUUUGCUAAAAACCUAUUUAAAAUUGAAGUUUUGGGUCGAACACCCCUUUUUAUGUCUGUUUGAGUAAGGAAAUCGUAGACAAAGUAUUUUGAGACACCAAAAUUACAUUAUCCAUGACAAAUUUUUAUUCCCAGUUUUCCCGAAGACGUUGUUUUUAAUAAGUUCUGACGCAAGCUGUAAUUUCCGUAAGCGGAAAUUUCAUGCAUUUUUCGCUCAUUGCGAAAUCCAUUAGACCGUGAUCUUUCCAGUCUUAUUUAUGAAGACCUUACAAGGUCAAAUGUCUAGGAGAGAAUGCGAAAUUGGGUUUCCGCGGUUUGAAAAAAAAACCCUGAAAAGGAAAAACAGUAACAGUUGGCGUAUUUUAGAGACCAGCUUUGAUUUUGUGGAAAUUUUAGACUUGUUUUUUGAGAUUUUUAUAUUGUUUUAGGUAUGAAAUCAUGAUUUUUGAUGAUUUUUUCUAAAAUUAGGCCGACAACUUUAGAUUUCGUGUUUUACAAAGGCUGAAUUUGCUUUUUAUGACGGUUUAGAACAGUCAAGGGCUUAAAAAGUUUUGAAAAAUUAAAUUUCCCGCCAUUUUUGGCAUUGUGUUCAAGAGCAGCUAAGGCUCCAAAACAGGUGUAAAAAUAAAUAUCAGGGUAAAAUACGCAUCCUCUUGCUGUGGUGAAUAUAUAUAAGCAUAUUUUUAAAUAGAUAUAUGAGGUUUCGAUAUCAAAUUUAUGUUAUCCAUGAUAUCUCUGGUCCAUUGCAUUUUUGAUGGCAAAAUUUUGAAAUUUCCCCCUUAAUUUUGACGCUGAUGUUCGUAGCAGGCUUCCCACUUAACCGCAAGCUAAUCCCCAGCCACCGCUGGAUGUGAUCGCGCACCAAAACGGCUUAAUUACGCAAACUUUUCCACCCAUCCAAGCGAACGAAACGAAAACGAAACUUUUCUCUCUCCAUCUCUCCUUUGUUUUUGAUGGAGCAAAUGAAACGAUAAGUUCCGAAUCGAAAGCGUCGAUCGAGAAAGGAAUUCCAGCGUUGAUACUCUUGUCUCCUUUCACUUUCGUCGUCGCUUCGAAACGAUGCGUUGCUUGCCCACCAAACCCCAAAGUUGUUGUUGCCCGCAGAACCGCCGGUCCGCGGAAUACGCGCCCGUGGAGAAGGUAAGGCCCCGAAAAAUGAUUGGCUAGCGAUUUUGAGGGAUUUCAUGGAGGCUGCGGCGAGAAAUUUUGAGUUUUAAUCGAAAAAAGGUCAAAAUUGUCAUGGAUAAUAUAAAUUUGAUGUAAAUUGGUGGUGUAAAGGUGUGUAAUAUAUUUUGUAAUGGCAUUGAAAACAGUCUAGUGUGGUCAGAAAAAAAUUGGGUCCUUUUGGGAUCCAAAAGUUUGAUUUUUUAGCCAAAAAUGGUCAAAAUUGUCAUGGAUAAUAUAAAUUCGAUGGAAAUUUGUAUUUUAAAGGUGGAUAUAAAUUUGAAAUGACAUUGAAAAGACCAUAAAGGCUUUAGAUUGAAGCUUUGGGUUCUUUUGGGUAAAAAAUCAAAAAAUGGUCGAAGUUCUCAUGGAUAAUAUUAUUUUUUCUCUGAAGCGCGAAUUUUCACUAAUUUUGGAUUGACUCGGCUUUAAGAUUGAAUAUGCGGCCAUUUAAUUUAUACACCGAGGUGUUUAUCCCGUAUUUUACGCAAAUUUUUUAAAGAUUAAACGAAAAAUCCAAAGAAUCAAUCCAUAAUUGUCUUUAUUAUCCCGUUUGUGCCGUAGCGGACCUGAUCCAAUGGCAAAAAACGUACCAUUUUGCAUCCGAGAAGUAUCAAAAACGUAGCAAAAUGCCUCCCUCUCCAAAAAACCGUUUUUGAAAUCCGAGUUUUUUACUUUGGGAGGAGGCAUUUUGCUACAUUUUUUAAUACUUACCGAAUGCAAAAUGGCACGUUUUUUGCCACUGGAUCAGGUUCGGCACUGUACAGAUGGGGUAAUAAAGACAAUUUUGGAUUGAUUCGUUGGAUUUUUCAUUUAAUAUUUGAAAAAGUUGCGUAAAAUCCGAGAUAAACACCUCGGUCUGUAAAUUAAAUGCCCGCAUGUUCAAUCCUAACGCCGAGUCUAGCCAAAAUUAGUCAAAAUUCGCGCUUCUGACAAGGAAAGUACUUCUAUGGGGUGUGGAAUUACCGGUCGAGAUAUAUAUCAAAAAAUUCGCAAAAAUUUUCUGAUUCAGAAUAUAUAUAAAUUAGCUGCCUAAUUUUGGUCUAUCAGCGAGUUUUUUCAAUAAAUGUUUUUCUCGAGGAAAAAAAUCUGCGGCAACAAAAGCGCGCUCGGUCUCUUCCUUCGGAAGAGAGCGGUGUGGCCGAGUGGUUAGAGCGCUAGAUUAGGAAUCCGAGAGGAACGGGUUCGACUCUUUUUGCCACACUAAAACCCAUUUUUUACAUUGGAACUACUUUUAAGGUGUAGUUGUAAUCCAAUUUGAUAUUUUAAGGCUUGUCAAGGCCUCAGAAUUUAGUUUAGCACAAAACAAAAUUUUUUUAUUGGUAAAAACACGGCCAAAAAGACACUUGCAUGGUGUCGCGAGAAAACUUCUGAGGACAAAAACAUGUCAUCAGACCAAAAUUAGGCAGCUAAUUUAUAUAUAUUCUGAAUCAGAAAAUUUUUGCGAAUUUUUUGAUAUGUAUCUCGACCGGUAAUUCCACACCCCAUAGAAGUACUUUCCUUGUGAGAAAAAAAUUAUACUAUCCAAGAGAUCUUCGUCCAUUUUUUGGAUUUUUUUCACCCAAAGAAACCCAAAAGUUCAAUCUAAAGCCUUUAUGGUCUAUUUACAAUUUCGCUAUCAAUGUAAUGUAACAAUUUUUGGUCAUCUUCCAUAAUUCCUCCCGGCGGAAUUACUGGAACUAAUGCAAUUUUUUGGGUAAAAUAUUAUUUGCUAGACUAAUUCUCUCAAGUUAAUCCUCAAUUGCAGACUUGAUACAGCCGGGAAAUGGGUGGACAUUAAAAAUUACGUGUUUAGCUAGUAAUUUGCUAUACUUUUAGCCGAGUUUUCAGCAUUUUUUGCAGGGUUUUGGCGAUAAAACGAAGAAAUUUUGAGAUUUUUAAAUAUUUUGAGGGGAAAUAUGCAAAUUUUUUGGGGAAAUUAAUAUACAAUUGAAGUGUAGUGCUGUCUCGUAUUUUACAACUAUUUUUGAGACCUACCAACAAAGUUUUUAAUACUUUUUUAACGAUAUUUUAACGCAAAUUUCCCAAUUAUUUAAUUUUUUUUUAAUUUUAUGCAAAUUUUUUCAAAUUCGAACUAAUUUUUCCCAAUUUUUCAGCAGGACAUGUGGCAGGCCGCCUUGCCCUCCACAUCGAACCACUUUAAUCGCCCGUUUCCAGCCUCCACUAAUGCUUUUCCCUCAAAUCAUGGUGAGUUUUGGCGUCUAAUCCGGUGAUUAGGUGUCUCCGAAGGCAAUUUCAGCCUUGUUAUUAUAAUAAAAAGUUGUGUUAUGUAUAUACGGGAUUAAUUUCCCACCGGAAAUUGCGUUUGUAAUUGAGAAAUUUGAAAAAAAUUCGAAUUUUUUUCGAAUUUUUGAUUAAAACUUGGGAUAAAGCGGAAUUUGAACACUUUUUUGCCGCUGAAACGUAGUAAAAAGUUGCCGGAAUUACUUUUUAAUUGCACUAGUAACAUUUGGCCUCAACUUUGGGCAAAUUGGGAUAUUAUUUUGGAGGUCCGUAUAUUAGACCAGCCCCAAAUUCAUCAAUUUUUUGAACCCAAACCAUGGGUUUUAUUGCCGGCAAUGAUGUCAAUGGACGUCAUGGCCAAGCAGCGAACUUGCCCCGUCCCUAAUUAGAGGUUAUUCAGACAAUUUCGCCGGGUUUCUCUGUUUCUAGGUGGAAUUGAGCCGAAAAAUGCGAAUUUUUCAAAGUUUUAAAGGGUUUUAGGUUGGAUAAAUGUGAGAUGGUGGCUGGAUAGGAUAGAUGUUGGUUUUUGACAGUUAAAUUAAGUGGUUAGAGGAUGAAAAAUUUUAAAUUUUAUAUUGUACUAGGCAAAAUUGGUGAAUUUUAUCGAUUUUUGCUCAAAUUUGGGUCUUUAUGGAUGUGAAAUGAGUGUCGUAUGUGGAAAUAGGGUGUGUAUUUUAUUUUUGAAGGUUUUAAAAUACGAAAAUCCAUGUUUUAAUUCGAGUUUUAGCCUUUUUUUAAGCAAUUUUUCGAUAUUUUUUGAUAUUUUUAUAUUUUUGGCAGUUUAGAGUUAAAUUUAUGGGAAAAGAGGCUGAAAAUGAAAUUUUGAGGCCUUUACAAAAGUUUUGAUAUAAUUUUUGUUAAAUACGAUCGCUGAUUUCAGCGUCAGAAGCGCCGCCGAAACGCUCCUCCCUCCACGAAAACCAGCUGGCCCAGCUGACGGAUUCCUUCGAUUCCGGCGUCCAACUGAAAUCGAACUCCUCCUCCAACUCAUCCCAACCCCCACCACCAGCACCCUUCAUUUCGGACUUUUCCAACAUGGACGAAAACGGAAGCCAAGACCGAUUUUUGGCCCCAAGUGCACAAAGAAUCAACAAAAUGCGGGUCCAAUUGAGUCGGAAGGUAAGGAAAUUUUUGGUGGAGACUUUUUUAGGGGGCUUUAGGGGUGAGAAAAUCGUAUUUUAGGUUUUCUGGAAGUCGAUUUUUUUUUCUUUUUAUUUUUUUUUUUGAAUUUUUCGAUCGCACUGUGCAAUUGGAAAAAAUUUCGCACUGUGCAGUCAAAGAAAUUUUUUUUUCGCACUGUGCAGUCACAAAAUAUUUUCAUCGCACUGUGCAGACAAAAAAAACUAUUUUUUUAUUGCACUGUGCAGUGGUUGGAAAAAUUCAUUGUUGCACUGUGCAGUUUUAAGAAAAAAAAUUUGUUCGCACUGUGCAGUCACAAAGUAUUUUUAAUGCACAGUGCAGAGAAAAAAAAAACUAUUUCUUUAUUGCACCGUGCAGUCGAAGAACUUUUUCGCACUGUGCAUUCACAAAAUAUUUUCAUUGCACAGUGCAAAAAACAACUUUUUCAUUGCACGGUGCAGUCGCAAAAUUUUUUUUGCACGGUGCAAAAAAAUGGCUUUUCCCGCACUGUGCAAUGACAAAAUAUUUUCAUUGCACAGUGCAAAAAAAAAACUUUCUUCUCGCACUGUGCGGUGGUAAGGCAAGCUUUUUAUCGCACUGUGCAAUAAAAACAAAAGUUUUUUUUUUCAAAAAUUUUUCAUUUUUUUCACCGGGUUUUUUUUCAGAAUUCCGACGACUCCAACUCCUCGAUCCGAAUGCGCAGUCACUCGAAUGUGCAGAGCUCGCUGCUGAACGCGCGCCGGUUCCGCGGCCGCUCCACGGCCUCCUCAUCUACCACCGACGGCGACGAAUUCGCGGGCCUGCCGGAAGCGGCGGUGGACAGCGACGACGAUGACGACGAAGAGGAAUCCAUCCCAUCCCAUGACUUUUCCUACAUGGAACUCAAGGACAAUGUCCGCGAAUGCCUGGAAAAAGAGCCGGCCGAGCGGAGCAGCGAUGAUAUUCAUGUCCUAAUGGUAAGAUUAUGGGUGCAGAAGGGAAGGAGGAGUGUGGUAGCGGAUUUUGUGGGCGGUUUUAGAAGUUUGGAAGCCGUAUUUUAGAGGUUUUUGCAAUUUUUCCCCGAAAAAUUGGGUUUUUUGAGGAAAAUUUGAUUUUUCAAGAAAAUUUGGGCCGUUUGGAUAGGAAUGUUGAUGGAGAAGAGUUUUGUGGACUUUGUAGUAGAAUUUGGCGGGUGAUUUUAGCAGUUUGAAAGUCGUAUUUUAGAGGUUUUCGCAAUUUUUCCCCGGAAAAUUGGGUUUUUUGAGGAAAAUUGAUUUUUCAAGAAAAUUUGGGCCGUUUUUAGUAAAAGUGUUGAUGAGUAAGAGUUUUGUGGACCUUGUAGUAGAAUUUGACUGCAAUUACAACCUUUUGAAGUUCGUGUUUUAGAGGUUUUUGCCAUUUUUCCCCGGAAAAUCGAGUUUUUUGAUGAAAAAUUGAUUUUUCAAGAAAAUUGGGGCAGUUUUUGAUGAAACUUUUGAUGCGUAAGAGUUUUGUGGACCUUGUAGUAGAAUUUGACUGCAAUUACAACCUUUUGAAGUUCGUGUUUUAGAGAUUUUUGCAAUUUUUUUUCAAAAAUUCCCGUUGUUUGGGGAAAAAUUUGAUUUUUUUAAAAUUUUGGGCCGUUUUUGUGAAAAGUGUUGAUGGAUAAGAGUUUUUUGGACCUUGUGUUAGAAAUUGACAACACGUCCGAGGAUUUGAAAUUCGUGUUUUAGAGGUUUUUGCAAUUUUUUACGAAAAAUUCCCGUUUUUUGGGGAAAAAUUUCAUUCUUCCAAAAUUUUUAGGGGUUUUGUGUAAAAUUAUGGCUUGGUAAGCAGAAUAUAAAGUCUAUGGUGACAUUUGGAAGCCAGCCUAAGCUUUUGACUCGCCAAAAAAUCCAAAAAAAUUGUAUUUUUGAGAUUUUUUGGCAAUUUUUUGCAAUUUUCGUAUUUUUCUAGACAAAAAUCCCACGUAUUUCACUAAUUUUGCUCCCAAAUACGUUGAAAUUGUUCAUGUUUUCAUUUCCCCCCAAGGCAAUUACCGCCACGUAAAAUGGCGUCGUUUAUUAUGCACUGAACCAAAAUUUUUCGAGAUUAUCCAAAUUUCCGAACAAAGGAUUUGCUGGAAACGCCCAGUUAAUCCCCUUUUAUCACGCUAUAAACCCCGCCAAAUUACCUCACACUCAAAAUUGGCCCAAAUUUGGCCAUUGAAGUUGAUUGGAACUCGAUUAAAUGGGAUUUUUUAAUUUGAAACCAAACUUUUUCGGUUUUUAGGAGUUUUGGGGGAGUUUUUCUGGGGUUUUAAAGAGUAUGGAAUAUCGCAAAUUGAUUUUAACGAAGUUAUUUACUUGUUUUUUGCAAGUUGUUUGCCAAAAUUUGAGAUUUUUAACCAAAAAGGUACCUAAAAUCAUGUUUUUUUCCAUUUUUUUGGUGGAAAUAGUAAAAUUUCAUAAGUUUGGAGUGUCAAAAAUUUAAUUAUGUGGCAUAGAAUUAAACAAUUUUCCUUUAUUUGGCAAUUUGAAAUUUAUUUUUUGCCAAAAUUUGAGAUUUUUACCCAAAAAUAUACCUAAAAUCAAGUUUUUUUGCAUUUUAUUGGCUAAAUCUCGCCAAUUCCAGGAGUUCAUGCAGCAAAUGCCGGCGCUCGCCUCCCUGCCGCUGUCGAUAAAACGCCAGCUGUGCCUGAAAAUGGUGUUCGCGGUGGUGCCCGAGGCGGGCACCGUCAUCCUCCACGACUCGGAGCGCAUCGACAGCUGGUCGGUGGUGGUGAACGGGGCCGUGGAGACCGUGAAACCGAACGGCGAACGCCUCGAAUACCGCCUCGGCGACGCGUUCGGCGCCCAGCCCCAGCCGCAGCCCCAGUUCAACGACGGCGAAACCCGAACCCUGUGCGAUGACUGCGAGUUUGUGCUCGUGGAACACCAGGACUACUGCUCCAUCAUGUCCACCCUGGAUCAGCACAUCGAACAGGAGAGCGAUCACAUCACCGGAGAGAUUGUCCGGGAAGCGGAGAGACGGUAAGUCUUGAGAAAAGGGGUUUUUGAGAUUUCCGAAAAAUGUGUCAUCGUGACGGAUUUUUUGGAAACCUGAAAAUUUGAUUGAAUUUGAAGAAGAGAUGAGGAAAUCAAAUUUUAUAGGAUUUUAGAUGAUUUUUGACAUUUCCAGAAAAUAUGUCAUCAUGACGGAUUUUUUGGAAUUUUGAAAAAUUGAUUGAAUUUGAAGCGAAAAUGUAGGAAAAUCAAGUUUUACACGGUUUUAGACGAUUUUUUGACAUUUCCAAAAAAUAUGUCAUCAUGACGGAUUUUUUUGGAAUUUUGAAAUUGACUUCGAUUUGAAGUGAAAAUAGGGAUAUUUUGAGUUUUAUGCAUUUUUAGAUGCUUUUUUGAGGGUUCCGAAAAACGUGUCAUCAUGACGGAUUUUUUGGAAAAUUUUUUAAUUGCCUUCAAUUUGAAUAAAGUAAGGUUUAAAAUUAAUUUCACAUAAUUUUGAUGGUUCUAAAACGUCGAAAACACGUGUCAUCAUGACGGGUUUUUUGGAAAAACAUCUUUUUACCAAAAAAAAAUUACUGAAUUUUUUGCAGAGUUGUCGGUUCACAGGUGGCCCUAGUCAUAAUCAAAGCCAAGCCGGACCGCCUCAUCCAACACCUGGUCGACGAGACCGACCCCAACAAUAUUGACGACAGUUUCGCGCAGGACUUCUUCCUCAUGUACCGCGUCUUCAUCGCCGAUCCCACAAUCAUAAUGCAUCGACUGUUGGAAUGGUUUCAAGACCGAAGGUACAGGGAUAAAGUGACUUGUUUAUUGUUGCAUUGGGUCAACAGCCACUUCAAUGACUUUGAAUGCUCACAGGAAAUGCUCAAAUUACUCGAUGCCUUUGAACAGGUGGGAAAUUUUUGGAUUUUUUUUUUGAAGAUUUUUUUUAUAUUUUUUUUGUUUUUUUUGUUUUGUUUUUGUUUUUUUGAGCGCGAAAUUUUGCACUGUGCAGGAUUAUUAUUAUCAUUAUUUGUUUUUGAUUGCACUGUGCAGGAAUUUAAUUUUAUUUUGACUGCACCGUGCAAGAAAUUUUUUUUUGCCAACUGCACUGUGCGUAGAAAAUUUUUUAUUUUGACUGCACCGUGCGAAAAAUUUUUUUUGGAAACUGCACUGUGCGAAUAGGAUAAUAUUUUUUGACUGCACUGUGCGUAGAAAAUUUUUGAUUUUGAUUGCACAGUGCAAAAAAAUUUUUCUGUGAACUGCACUGUGCGGGUAGGAAAAUAUUAUUUUAUUUUGACUGCACUGUGCAGAAAAAUUUUUUUUGGAAACUGCACUGUGCGGAUAGGAAAUAAUUUUUUGGUUGCACUGUGCGUAGAAAAAUUUUUUUUUUUUUGAUUGCACAGUGCAAAAAUAAGAAAAUUUCUUUUUUUCGACUGCACUGUGCAAAUUUUUUUUUCUUUUUUGAUGUUCACUGUGCACUCAAAAAAAAUUUUUUUUUUAAUAUUUUUUUCCCCACAAACUUCAUUUUUACAUUUUUCAGAGCCUCGAAAAGUUCGAAUUGUACCACCAACAGAGCCUGCUCAACAUCACCUGCAGCGUGAAGUCCCACGCUCGCCAAGCCACCCUGACGCGGUCGAACCGCGACCAGGAGCUGGCCUUCAGCAUCAUCGGCGGCAACGCCCACCAUCCCGAUCAGCCGGCGGCCGACGGAAUCUUCAUCGCCAACGUGGAGCCCGGCUCGCCGGCCGAGAAAAACGGCCUGAAACGGGGCGACGAAAUCAUCGAAGCCAACGGGCAGAACUUUAGAACCAUCCCGCUGACCAGGGCGCUGGACAUUUUGAGGGAAAGCACUCAUUUGAGCAUGACCAUCAAGAGCAAUAUGAUGAAUUACAAGGUGAGAAAAGGAAUUUUUUUAUUUUUAUUUGAUUUUUUUUUUUUUUUUUUUUUGGAGAUUGGAAGGCAGUUUAGAAGGCUGAUGGAAGUUUUUGGAGAGAAUCUGGGGAUUUAAAAAAAAAAAAAAAAUUUUUCUUGCACUGUGCAAUCGGAAGAUAUUAGUUUUGUUCGUUGCACUGUGCAGACAAAAACAACUUUUUUUUGCACUGUGCAGUUUUAAGAAAAAAAAAAUUUUGUUCGCACUGUGCAGCCGAAAUUUUUUUUUUCGCACUGUGCAGUCACAAAGUUUUUUUUAAUGCACAGUGCAGUCUUAAGAAAUAAAAUUUUAUUCCCACUGUGCAGUUUUAAGAAAAAAAAAAUUUCGCACUGUGCAAUCAUAAAAACUGUUUUCAUUGCAUAGUGCAGAGAAAACAAUUUUUUCUUAACAAUUGUUUUUUAUCGCACUGUGCAGUCGAAAAUGUUUUUUUCGCGCACUGUGCAAUCGAAAUACUUUUUCGCACUGUGCAGUCAGAAAAUAUUUUCGAUGCACAGUGCACACAAAAAAACGACCUUUUUCGUUGCACAGUGCAAUCUGAAAAAAAAUUUUUGCACUGUGCAGUCGCGAAAUUUUUUUAUUGCACAGUGCAGACAAAACAACUUUCUCUUAACAAUUUUUUAUCGCACUGUGCAGUCAGAAAAUAUUUUCGAUGCACAGUGCACACAAAAAACGACUUUUUUGUAACACAGUGCAAUCUGAAAAAAAAUUUUUGCACUGUGCAGUUUUAGGAAAAAAAUUUGUUCGCACUGUGCAGUCAACAAACAACUUUUUAUUGCACUGUGCAGUUUUAAGAAAAAAAAAUUUUCACACUGUGCAAUCACGAAACUGUUUUCAUUGCACAGUGCAGAGAAAACAAUUUUUUCCUAACAAUUGUUUUUUAUCGCACUGUGCAGUCGAAAAACUUUUUCGCACUGUGCAGUCAGAAAAUAUUUUCGAUGCACAGUGCACACAAAAAACGACCUUUUCGUUGCACUGUGCAAUCGAAAAAAAUUUUUUUGCACUGUGCAAUCUGAAAAAAAUCUUUUGCACCGUGCAAAAACCAAAAAAAUUUCAAGAAUUUCACUCGCAAUCUGAUGUAAACUAAAUUAAAAAAAUAUAUUUUUUACAUUUUUAAAAUCUUUUAUAUGAUUUUAGGAGAUGUUGAUGCGCCAAGAAAACGGCUCCAUCGACCACUCCAAACAGACCGGCACCAUGGGCCGAUACCAGAAGAAAACCCUGCCCUACAAGAGCAAAAUGGCGAACGCGGGCAGUCAGACGGACAUCACGAAGGAGAGGAAUGGGGCCGGAUCCGCUUCCUCCGGCUAUUCGUCGGCCACAACCACACCCGCAGCGAAGGCGUCCAUGUUUGACAAGCUGAAGACCAUGCUCAAAGGACAGAAUGGACCCUCAGCGGUGCAGGAGAUUGAUUUGGCCACCGAUUCGCCCGAUGAAGCAAGGAAUUUUGGUGAGUUUUGGGCUUUUUUUGAGAUUUUUAGGUAGUUUUUUCGAAUUGUUGGCGAUUUUUUGGAGAUUUUUUGCUAUUUUUAGAGGAUUUUAGGAAUUUCUGAGGCAUUUAGGAUGUACUGGAGUGUUUUUAGGCAAAAACUCGAUAUAACGAACAUAAAAAAUUUUGAGAUUUUUUGAAAAUUUUGAAAAAUUUUUUGCGAUUUUUAAUUGAUUUCGGGUUUUGUAAUGAAUUUUUUCGCGAAAUCUCUCUAUAACAACAUGUUUUUUGAAGGGAUUUUAUAGAAAACCUCAAAAAAAAAUUUUUUUUUGGGGGAUUUUCGAAAAUUUUUUUGGGAUUUUUGGGAAAGUCCGGAGAUUUUUUCGACUUUUUUUAAGAUGAUUUUUAUGUAAAAGUAGCUAAAAUUUGAUUUUUAUACACAAAAAUUUAUUUUAUUUUAAUUUUUUUUUUCUCCCCAAUUUUCUCUCUAAUUUUUCGAUUUCAGGCACCCUCCGGACCAGCAGAUCCAAUCCGGACAUCUCCUCCAACCUCCGGGAACCCCAUCUCUACCCAUCCCAUCAUUCUCCCGCCCUCCAGCAUCGGAAUCCCAACCAAUUCCCGGAGCACGCGGUCAAGGUCUAUCGAAGCGACCAAUCCUUCCGAUUUGUGACCGUUUUCCCCGACACAACCGCAAGACAAAUCGUCCAAAUGGCCCUGCUCGAGUUUGGAAUGCAAUCAGAAGCGAGCCAUAAUGAACAGGUAAGGAAGAAGGGGGAUUUUUGCGAUUUUUUUGGGGGAAAAUUGACAAAAAAAAUUUUCUUGGAUUUUUUUUGGGUAAUUUACACCUUGAUUUACUCGGUUUAGAAGCGAAUAGGGCCAAAUUUUACUAUAGUUUCGAUUUUUGCACAGUGCAAAAAAAAAUUUUUUUUAAUUUUUUUUUCUGUCCGUUUGAGUAAUUUACAGCUCGAGUUAGUAGAUGUAGAACCUUGUAGGGCCCUAUAGGGCCAAAUUUUACUAUAGUUUUGAUUUUUGGCACAGUGCAAAAAAAUUUUUUUUUAUAAUUUUUUUUUUUUUUUUUUUUUUUAUAUUUUUUGGGAAUUUUUCGCUUUUUUGAGUAAUUUACACGUUGAUUUAGUCGAUUUACAACUGAAUGGGGGCUUAACUUUACUAUUGUUUCGAUUUUUGCACGGUGCAAAAAAUUUUUUUGACCGCACAGUGCAGUCGGAAAAAUCUAAAUUUUUUUAAAUCUGAAGGUCAAAUGUUGCUGAAAUUUGGCCCUGAUUACGAAAGGAGUUUUUUAAAACAUCUGUGAGAUUUUUAGCCGCUAAAAUUCCCAAGGUUUUUAUGUCGAAAAUGUAAAAAUUUUGACAAAAAAUAUUCGAAAAAGACAUUGACGCAAGUUUUUUUAAAAAUUAUUAACUCUGAAAUUGAGGGUAAAAUACGUGGAGGGGAUUUUUUUACAGUAUUUCAAAAAAAAAUUUUCAAUUUUUUUUUUUUUUUUUUUUUUUUUUUUUUUUUUAAUUUUUACUUCAAUUUUUUUAAAUUUUUUUUUAUUUCAAUUUUUUUCAGGAAUGGUCCCUCUGCGAAUGUGUGUGCUCCGUGGCCGAAAAACGCGUCUUCAUCAAACAACGACGCCUCCCCGACGACCUCCAAAACCUGGCCGAGCGCAUCGGGCUCGCCUCGAGGCUCUAUUUGAAGUCCAAUUCGCGAAGCGAGACCCUGCUGCCGGACGAGCUGGCGCCCGACGUCAUGAAAGAAGCAAAAAUCAACCUGUACGCCCUGAACGCGCAGUUCGUCGCCAUCCAGCUGACCCUGCAGGACUUUGAGAUCUUCUCCUCCAUCGAGGCCACCGAAUACGUGGACAACUUGUUCAAGCUGGAGAGCCGCUACCGCUGGCCCAAACUGCAGAUUUUCGAGGAGCAGUUCAACAAGGAGAUGUGGUGGGUGGUCACCGAAAUCUGCCUGGAGAGAGCCGUCUCCAAACGCGCCAAAACCAUCAAGAAGUUCAUCAAGAUCGCGCGACAUUGCCGCGAUCUGCGCAACUUCAACAGCAUGUUCGCCAUCAUCAGCGGACUGGAGAAGCCGGCCGUACGCAGGCUGACCCACACCUGGGAGAGGAUUCCGGGGUCAGUGAGAGCUUUCACUUGAAUGACUCGAAUUUUUGGGAUGUUGGACAAUUUUUAGAUUUCCGAAAAAUGUGUCAUCAUGACGGAUUUUUUAGACAUUUUUUUUUACUGUGGAAAAUAUGUAUUUUUACAUAGUUUUGAGGGGUUUUUUCGUGGUUUUUGAAGAAUUUUGAGGUUUCCAAAAAAUCCGUCAUGAUGACACAUUUUUUGGAAACUUUUUUACUGUAGAAAAUAUGAAUUAUUACAUAGUUUUGAAGGGUUUUUUCAUGGUUUUUGAAGAAUUUUGAGAUUUCCAAAAAAUGUGUCAUCAUGACGGAUUUUUUGGAAACUUUUUUACUGUAGGAAAUAUGAAUUAUUACACAACGUUUUUUCACGGAAUUCUGGUCGCGUCACGCCACGAAAACAAAUGUUUGGCGUACUGUUAAAUAAUGUUUUUUGGCUUCUUCGAGAAAUUACAAAAAUUGUAAUUUAGCCCAGUAUUGAACAAAAUCUUGACAGAAAAAAGCUAUAGACCCUAUCAGUGAAUUUUUCUUGUUAUAGUAGGUCUGGUUUGUCUUUCAAAAACACCAUGCUUGAUGAGUUUGAUAAUUAAAAUAUCUCUAGUUGCGGAAUGCCAAGGAUUUUGUCAUUUUGCGAAAAGCCCGGGCAACGAUUUCAAUCAUUAUAAUAGCAGGAAAGAUGUCUCAAUAAGUCGAGUUUCGAGCCAGAAAAAGUUCUGAAACUUUGCAUGAUGAUUGAGAAUGAUGUUGUAGUGCUGAUCGACCAUUUUUGUAGGAUUCGUGACUAAACGUCGCCCGCUAGGCGAUUGCAAAGUUCUCAAUUUUGGGAAGUUUGAAGUCGAAUAUCUCAAAGACUGAAUAACACAUACAAAUUUCUGAACCUCUAACAGAGAGAUAACUGUCUACUCUUUCCAAUUCACCAUUUAUCAAGUCGCUCAAUUUUGGAUGACCGGGUGAAAAUAUCGUAUCUUUAAGACCACCUUUUUGGAGCGAAGUGUCACAAAAAUUCGAUCGAUAAUGGCGCAAUUUUAGCUCGACUUCCGCUUUUCUAGUAGAGUCUAAACGUUGUGUUACAUAGUUUUGGAGGUGUUUUCACGGUUUAGACAAAUUUUGGGAUUUCCAAAAAAUGUGUCAUCAUGACGGGUUUUUUGGAAAUUUUUUUACUGUAGAAAAUAUGAAUUAUUACAAAGUUUUGGAGGUGUUUUCAUGGUUUUUGAUAUUAGGUUUAGAAGUAUGACUCCGCCGUUUUUUUCUGGUCAUUGUUUUGAUCAUAACAAGAAAUUUUUACACUAAAGCUUAUCCACUUUUAUAUUUUACUGAUAAUUACGAAGGGUUUGCAUAACUUGGUCAACUUUAGAAUCCACCAAAGAAAAGUUUUGGCCGUUUUGAAGCCAUCCAAAUAUCAACCUAAUUUUUGGUAUCAUUGAGUUUAGCGAAGCGCUGCUUCCUCAGUUCGUGCGCGAUCGGUCAAAACAAGUGAUAACCUGAAAGCGUGGCUUCCGGAGAGUAUAGCGGGUCGGAUAUGGCCUCCCACCUCAGCUGUUUUGGGGUGUCCUUGACCAGUUUUUCAACAUAGGGUCUAGCGUGAUCAUGCAGCAAAAUAAAAAUUGGUCGUUCCGACCGCUGUAAUCAUAGCUCUCCGUUCAAUUGCACCAACUAUUGUUGGCAACGGAUGCCAGUAACCGUUUUGUCGGGUUUUAAGAGCUCGCAGUAAAGAACAUCUUCUCUAUGUCAUCAUAUACAGUGCAACACUUCCUUCCUGGUAAUGUUGGAUUUUGCUAUCGCUUGCGCUUGGGAUUGUCAAAAUCGAUCCAUUGUUCGUCUACGGUCACUAAACAAUGCAGCUACGACUUCCUAUCUGUAUUUCUGUCAUAAUUUCGCAAGUUCCCCAUGUUGUGUUAGGUCAAUUCGUAUGGUACCCAAGUUCCGACUCUCUGAUUUUUUCCUAGCUGCUGCAAGCUGAGUAAAACUCCUUUCUGCGUCACUUUCAGCUUCUAGGUUUCGUUUUCUUGCGUAUGGGCAUCGUCUUGUAUUCAGUAAUCUCCAUCUUCCAAUUUUUUAGAUGGGUUUGAAGACCACCGGUUUUGCACCGUUGAACCCAUUCCCCAAGGAUUUUUUCUCACCAUGCACGACUAACGUAAGCUUCUGUAAGCAUUUGAUAUGUUAGUGACAUGUUCCUUCGCAUUACACGUGCAGAGUAAAAUUCCCCGCAAAUGACGAUUUUCGAGGGUCGAAGUUGGCCAUCUUUGAAGCCUUAUAAAAACUGUUGUGUAAAGCCUUACCAUACAAAACUUAUAUCAUUAGAUAGCGUUUUCAACGUUCUUUUAGAUGAUAUAAACAGCAAUUCUAAACUCCUAUUCUAACAUGUAAAAAAUACAAAACAAAAAAAACGGCGGAGUCAUACUUCUAAACCUAAUAAAUUUUUGAGAUUUCCAAAAAAUGUGUCAUAAUGACAUAUUUUUUGGCAAAAAUCAGUCGUGAUGACGGAAAUGCAUAAAUGACACAAAAAAUUGAACGAUUUUUAAAUUUCCAAAAAUUAUGUCAUAAUGACAUAUUUUUUGGAAAUAUAAGUGAGUAACUAUGGUUUUUCAAUAACGUAUUUUACAAUUUUUUUGUAUUUUACAAUUUUUGAUUCCAAUCAUUUGCAGCAAGUACAUGAAAAUGUUGGCCGACAUCCAAAGCCUGCUGGACCCCUCGCGCAACAUGUCCAAAUACCGUCAGCACUUGGCCAGCGUCUCACCCACCCCUCCGGUCAUCCCGAUCUACCCGAUAAUGCGAAAGGAUCUGACCUUUGCCCACGAAAGCAAACCCACCUGUUGUGGAGCACUGAUCAAUUUCGACAAAUUGCGACUGAUCGCACGGAUCAUUCGAAGCGUGACGAUGCUCUGCUCGGUGAAAUACGAUCUGGAGUUUAUGAGCGCACAGGUAAAAAUUUUUGGUAUUUUUUAAUUUUUUUUUUGGUUUUUUUUUGAAUUUUUAAUCUUUUUGGCUGCACUGUGCGAUUGGAAAAAAUUUCGCACCGUGCAGUCACAAAAAAAAUUUUUUUUUGAUUUUUUUUUUUUUUUUUUUUUUUUUUUUUGAGAUUGCACAGUGCAGAAAAAAAACUUUUUCCCGCACUGUGCAAUGGCAGGAAACGCUUUUUUUAUCGCACAGUGCAGUGAAAACAAAAGUUGUUUUCGCACAGUGCAAUUGAAAAUCAUUUUCCACGCACUGUGCAAUCUCGAAAGAAGUUUUUUUGAGAUUGCACAGUGCAGAAAAAAAACAACUUUUUUAUUGCACUGUGCAAUCUCAGAAAAAAAAACACUUUUUAAGAUUGCACAGUGCAAUUUUAAGAAAAAAUUUUCGCACAGUGCAGAAAAAAAACAACUUUUUUAUUGCACUGUGCAAUCUCAAAAAAAACAUUUUUUUAAUCAAAAAAAAUUUUUUUUAAUCGCACAGUUCAAUUUUUCAACAUCCAAAAUUCGUUUUACACACCGUUUUUUCCAAUUUUAAAACGUCAAAAAUUUGAAUCCCUCCAUUUUCAGGCCGCAAUCAACGAAAUGAACGGCGCUGGGACGGUGCGCAAAGCGAUGAACGGCGCCAAUUCCAUAAACGGCACCGUGAAAUCGUUGGGAAAUUUGUCGCGCAAAAAGCUCUACGAACAGACACUGAUGCGACGAAAAGUGAAGACCUAUCUGACGGAAAUGCCAGUUAUUGACAACGAAAACGAGCUGGAUCAGCUGAGCGCCGCCUGCGAACCGGGCCAGUCCACGGCGGGCCAGAGCAGUGUCCCGUUGGCGAGAAGACGCGUACCCUCACCAACACCCUCCUCAUUAUCGUCGCAAUCCAAUCAGAGCGAUCAGAACAAGAAAUUCUUCCAGCAACAUCCGAAAUUUGGUGAGUUUGGAGCAAUUUAUAUUACACUAGAGACAUUGGAUGAAAAGUUUGGAAAAAAAUGAAGUUUUACUAUACUAGUGACACAGAAAUGUGAUAAGAGCAUCGUUUGUAGUCAAAAUACAACGUGUAUUCCUAAUUACGACAAAAAAUUUUGCAUAAUUUUGAAAAAAAAAAUUUUUUCGGAAAAAUUUUUUUUUCGUAUAAAAUGUCUCCUAAGGUGAGAAGGGUGCGAAAAACGAGUUUUAUCACUAAUAACCCCUCAAAUUACCACGAAAAAUUUGCAUAAUUUUGCAAAAAAAAAUUUUUGGGAAAAUUUUUUUUUCGUAUAAAAUGUCUCCUCUAGUAUGACAAUUGUGCAAAAAACGAAUUUUAUCACUAAUAACCCUUCAAUUUUUCGUUAUAUAGUUUAUUUUUACUAAAAUUUUGUAAAAAAUCCCAAUAAUUUUUUUCCAAUUUCAGGUGUAGAAUCCCCUCAGGCCAUCCAGAAGAUGCUCUCACUGGUCCAGAACUCGAAAAUCAAACCGAAUGCCAGCCAAAGCCCACUGAUUCCGCCGAAAAAACCCUCCUCGACCUUCUCCACCAACACGUUGAAACGGAUCCCAUCGUUUGGCGCCGCGAAGGCCGAAGCCAAUGCCGAGGAAAAUUAG